AUGCUGCGAGAUCCUCUUCGGCUAUCUUUGUAUACUUUUACCCUUGCCAUGAUUAGCCAUGCGCUCACAUUGGAAUUCUUGCAACAAAUUAAAAGCAAAAAUGAUUGGAAUUUCUUGCGAGCUGUAACUGAAGUUGAGAAAGUGAACUCGGACAGCUUAACUAAACUUCGCGGUCUGGUUAAGUUCAACGAUAGGUUGGAGGAGGCAAUGCAUAGUUACACCCAACUCUGUAUCACUGAAAGCGAUUACCAUUCUUUGCAAUGUCAGGAAUUUCUUGUAUGCCCAUCAUGUGCUAAUACCGCUCAACUGUACCAUAAAUGCUACCAUAUGAAGUAUCAUUUAUUGAAGAAAUGCGAAGAUAAGUUGGAAGUGAUUGGCACACAACAUCCAGAGUAUUCACCUGAAAGAACCGUUGAAGCAGCUCGAAAAUGUCGCGUUUGGUUGAACAAAGUGCUUUCGGAUUAUAUGGAUAUUUGGAAAAAGAUACAAAAUCUCGACCAUUGA